AUGGCUGGAUUUAGCGAUGAUGAUCUCAGACAAAUGAUGGGUACACUUUCCAUUUUGGUAGCAGAUUCUAAGAGAGAAAUUGGUCAGUUACAUGAAAAAUUGGAACACAAUGGUGAAACCAAAUAUCAAUCUUUGGAAACAUACAUCAACUCAAAGUAUACAACUACUAUUAAGUCUUUCGAAAAAUUGAAAUAUUUGGACAUCGAUGAUCCAGAAUUGGUUAACUCCUGGAUUAUUUGUUUUAACCAAGUUAAAAGGUUGCAUCCUCAAGUUUUUGAUGCAUUCAUGAACGCAAAAAGCGAAGAUGAAAUUGGAAUUGAAAAACUCCAAUACACUCCUUACACUGGUAAACAAUUGAAUGAUAUGAUGAGAAUUUUCUAUAUGAGGAUUUCCGAAUUAAUAGAAAGGAAAGUUGAUCCUAAUGUUUCGAGAGAAAUAGAUAACGGAGAAACAAAAUUUGCUCCAAACUUGUUUAAGAAGGUUUAUGAAAUGAUUAUUUCAAAACCUGAUGUAUCCGCUGCUGAAAGAAUUGGACAUGCUUUAUUCAAGUUACAAUCGAAGCUGAGAGAACUUGAAAGAGAUUCAACAUACUUGUUAUGUCAACAUUUACAGACUCAAGAACACCAACAUGAUGAUUUAAUCUAUAAAUUUCUUAUCGGAGGGGUAUCUCCAUGGUACUUACACCUGCAAAUUUAUUUACUGUCAUACAAACUUGGAACAUCAAAUUUGUUUUUAGAGGUCUAUGCAAGACAUUAUGAAUUGUACAAAGCCGAUCCUAAUUACAAAUUACCGGAUAUUAUGACAUUAUUGAAUGAAAUAAGAUCAAACAGAGAUUAUUCUAAAGUGGUCAAUGCUGCUAAAAAAGGCAGCACAAGUCAAGAAUGUUUCCGCGAAGAGCAACAAAAGGUUACGCCGUCAUUACUAGAUCAACUAGUAGACUAA